AAAGGUUAGAGCUCUCCCCGAUCUGAAUGUCAGAGCUAUUGUCGGUGUUCGCGCACUGUUGGUGAUAGUGUUGGCUACAUUUAGAGACAAUUCAGUGCAUCGGUACCUUCAAGCUGCUGACAUGGCGACAGAAGAAGGGAGAAACGUGGUCAUUGUCAUAGAUGACAGCGAGUUCUCGGAAUAUGCAUUCGACUUCUAUGUGCUGCAAGUGCAUCGUCCCGGCGACAACAUCACACUAGUCCACUGCUUGGAGUACACAUCUCUCAUCCAUGCACCAGCCUUGCUGACAGACCCGGUAGUCGUGGCAGAACUCAUCAAAGAGGAAGAGGUCAAGGUCAAACACCUGGUUGAAAAAUACAGUGAAAAGAUGAAGAAAAUCCAUGUGGGCGGCAAGGUGAAGCAGAUGACAGGCAAAGUUGGGGAGGCGAUCAUCGAGGCUGCCAAGGGAGAGAAUGCUGCAAUGAUUGUUGUCGGAACUCGAGGCAUGGGCAAGAUGAGGAGGACAUUUCUGGGCAGCGUCAGUGACUACUGUCUACAUCACUCCCCAGUCCCGGUGCUUGUGUGCCGAUAUAAACCAGUGAAUGAACUCAAGAAAUAG